AUGGGUCUCCAGGUGCUCCUAGCGUCAACCGCGCUGAAAACUGUCAGCGUGACCGGCCUAUGGGUAAUACCGCUGCUGCUCGGUGCUCUGACCUACCACAACUACAACUCGUACGACCCCGAGGCGAAGGUGCUGGACAAGGAGCCGAGGAGAGAAUACGACUUCAUAGUGAUAGGAGGCGGCUCGGCCGGCGCAGUGGUGUCUAACCGGCUCACCGAAGUGAAAGACUGGAACCUCCUUUUGUUGGAGAGUGGGCCAGACGAGAACGAGAUCACCGACGUCCCUUCGUUAGCGGGCUACCUACAGCUAACGAAGCUCGACUGGCAGUACAAGACGGAGCCAACGCCGUACGCAUGCCUGGGAUUCAAGAAAAGAAGAUGUAGCUGGCCGCGGGGGAAGGUACUUGGUGGCUCCAGCGUUCUAAACUACAUGAUUUACGUGAGAGGCAAUCGAUACGAUUUCGACCAGUGGGAAUCAUUCGGCAACCCCGGAUGGGGGUAUCGUGAUGUACUCAAAUACUUCAUCAAGUCUGAAGACAACAGGAACCCUUACCUAGCGAAAAGCGAAUAUCACGGGAGGGGCGGCUACCUUACUGUUCAAGAAGCGCCUUGGAGGACGCCCUUGGUGGCAGCCUUCGUCGAAGCGGGGGUUGAAAUUGGUUACGAGAAUAGGGACAUAAAUGGAGCUGUACAGACCGGUUUCAUGAUAGCUCAAGGAACUAUCAGACGAGGCUCACGUUGUAGUACAGCUAAGGCUUUCUUGAGGCCAGUGCGAACGCGACGUAACCUGGACAUAUCUCUUAACUCUCAGGUCACCAAGAUUUUAAUCAACCCCGUCACCAUGAAGGCAUACGGAGUCGAAUUCGUUAAACACGGUAUGAAAAGAGUGGUCUUCGCAAGGAAAGAAGUCAUACUGUCCGCUGGUGCCAUCAACAGUCCCCAAUUACUGAUGCUAUCAGGAAUAGGUCCUAAAGACCAUUUGAGGGACGUUGGAAUCAAGGUCUUGAAGGAUUUACCGGUCGGUGAGAAUUUGCAGGAUCACGUGGGUGUCGGAGGACUGACGUUUUUGGUCGAUAAGCCUGUAGCCAUUGUCCAAAAUCGCUUCCAAGCCUUUCCAGUUACUAUGAACUACGUAGUUAAUGAGAGAGGCCCAAUGACCGUAUUGGGCGGAUUGGAAGGCAUUGCGUUCGUGAAUACAAAAUAUGCAAACAGUUCGGGACUGUGGCCCGACAUACAGUUUCACAUGGCACCGGCAUCUUUCUCGUCGGAUAACGGCCAAAUAGUGAGAAAGAUUCUAGGUCUGACGGACGAACUAUAUGACUCCGUUUAUAGACCCAUCGCAAACAAAGACGCUUGGACGAUAAUGCCACUAUUACUCAGGCCUAAUACUAGGGGAUAUGUGAAACUAAGAAGCUCUAAUCCUUUCGAUUACCCGGUCAUGAAUCCCCGAUAUCACGAGGACAGGUUAGACGUUAACCGCCUAGUGGAGGGGAUCAAGAUCGCAUUGAAAGUGGCGAACGCGUCACCGUUCAAGCAGUUCGGCUCGAGGCUGUACAUGAAGCCUUUGCCCAACUGCAAACAGUUCCAAUUCAUGUCCGACGAGUACAUCGAGUGCCAGGUGAGGACUAUAUCGAUGACGAUCUACCACCAGUGCGGCACGGCGAAAAUGGGACCCUCGUGGGACCAGAAGGCCGUCGUCGAUCAGCGGCUCCGUGUCUACGGCGUCCAGGGCCUCAGGGUCAUAGACGCGAGCGUUAUGCCCACCAUAGUGAGUGGUAACACGAACGCUGCAGUGAUAAUGAUCGGUGAAAAGGGCGCAGAUAUGAUCAAACAAGACUGGUUGAAUCGAAAGCGG